GGAAGUUUGAGAAAGCCACCAGAAACCCCCCAAUUAGACACCAAACAAAAACACACUUCACUUCGCUUCAAGUCAGAUACAAAUACGUGAGGCACAGAUGCACAGUGAUUAUCUUAAAUUAAGCCAUUCAGUGCCUAUGCUCGCCAGCAGAUCGCAAUUCCUCCCUCCAUAUCAGCAUAACGUGUUUCAUUUCCCUGCUAAUCUGAUCUGGUAUGCUCCACUUCUGCAAUGACCUUGCAUAUACACAUAUGCAUAUCGCUGCCUCCUUCAUUCAUGCAUCGCCAUUUCUUCUUCAUUGCUGCUCAUUGCUCUUCGUUCGUUCUCCUCCUUGCCUCGUAACAUGGAGGUAUAUUCGCAGCUUCGCUUCGCUCAUUGCCAGAAGCAAACAUAGACCCCGGGCGCCAGGUACACACGUAGACAGCCAGUCGCUGCCGAAAAAUCAAGAUGACGGAAAGGAGAUCGCUAGAGGGACAGGUGGGUGGUGUGGGGCGAGAUAUACAUGGAGUGUAUGUACACUGACGACGGGUGUGCAAGAACUGGAUGUACAUUCGUGGAGUGAGUUGUGGCCGAGACAAGGGUGACGAGGGGGGGUAUCGAGGUGCAAGCGCCAAAGAGAUACUUGUGCAACCGUCU